AUGGGAUUGGAACACAACUCCCCCAUAUCCAAACUUUUACAAUUACAAGGCUGUCCUGGAAACAUCUGCGGCACUUUUGCCGGCGACGCCAUUGCACCCUUGUUAGCUGCUAGUGAUGAAUGCGCCCAGCAGGACAUGGCGGAUAGAAUCAUUGAUGCUGCAAAGAACCUUUCUAAUGGCAUCACUUCGUCAGACACUCGAAAUCAGAUGAUAAUAACAGCCAUGGCAUAUCGCGAGGCUGAAAAGAAUACGCUGCCUAUCUAUCCCGACCUGAUCCCACGUAACUCGGUAUAUUGCCAGAAACCUCCAAAGAACAGUGAGUUGAAAGGAUUAGUCCAAAAGCAAGAUCCGGCCAACGGCCCGUUGCUAUUCUUCGACCAUCUCGUCCACACCAACGGAAGCACCGUAUUAUUAGACAGCCAACCCAACACAAGACCUUUUGGUGAAAAAGCGGGAUCCCCACCUGCAACCGGUACGAAACUCAAGCAGUCCGACAUUACCAGUUCGUCUUCCACAGACGCGAAAAGCACCCCCGUUGAUCCCAAUCCUAAGCAUUCCAACAAUGCUAUUCGGACGUCGUCUGUCGACGAGGGCGAAGGCAAUGGUUCUUGCGAUGACGCCGAAGAGGAAAAAUGA